AACCUGCCUCAAAAUCACCUGCACAGAAUUGGGUGGAGACGCUGCAGAGCGAGUUUUAAACUGAUCCGUGAGGACGAUCUCCAGCUGCAGGCUGAGUAAAGAUGUCCAUCUUCAAGAGGUUCUUCAAAGAUAUCAUCCACGACAGGAACCCUGACAAGGACACCGUCAAAGUGAAGGGUAAACCCAAGCCUAAGUAUUAUGGAACAGUCACUCCGUAUCCGAACUUCAGUGCCAGCAGCGACGCCUCAGUUCUCAACAGUGCCAUUGAGAGUAAAGGAGUGGAUGAGGAUGUGAUCAUUGCCGUCCUGGUGAGGAGGAACAACGAGCAGAGGCAGAAGAUCCAGGCUGUUUAUGAAGCGUCCACUGGGAAUAAGCUGGAUAAAGCUCUGAAGUCGGCUCUCCGCUCAGAUCUGGAGGACGUUUCUCUGGCUCUGCUCAUGACGCCGGCUCAGUUUGACGCCUACCUGAUCAGGAAGGCCACAAAGAGGUUUGGGACAGAUGAGGACGUCCUGGUGGAGGUUCUGGCGACGAGGUCAAACCAAGAGAUUCGAGAGCUCAAGAGUGUUUUUAAAGCAGAGUACGGAGAAGAGCUGGAAGACGUUAUUAAAGACGAGACCAGCGGCGACUUCACCGAGGCUCUUCUGGCCAUGUUGAGAGCAAACAAAGACGAGAGCAAUGAAGUCAACAUGGGGCUGGCCGAAGAGGACGCAGAGACUCUGUUUGAAGCCGGUGAAAACACCAAAGGAAUCAACGUGUCCUCCUUCAUCGAAAUCCUGACCACGAGGAACGGGCCGCAGCUCUCCAAGACGUUCGAGGAGUACGCCUCUGUCAGUGACCUCUCCCUCCCUAAGGCCCUGUUGUUGGAGCUGAAAGGAGACAUCGAAGACUGUCUCAUUGACAUCGUGAAAUGUGCCUGGAACAAACCGGCGUUCUUCGCUGAGAAGCUCCACAAGGCCAUGGAGGGCCACGGCACAUGUGAGGACACUCUGAUCAGGGUGCUGGUCAGUCGCUCCGAGAUCGACCUGAAGAAGAUUGUGGAGGAAUACAGGGCCAUGUACAACAUCAGCCUACAGGAACAUAUACUGAAUGACACUAAGGGACAUUAUCAGAAGGUUCUGCUGGGACUGUGUGGACCUCACUGAACUGAGUCUGCUCUGGAGAUCAAGGCUGUCGUGUCGUCUGGAGGCCAGCGUCUGAAGACGAAUAAAUAUCAUUGACAAAAUUGUCUUUCCGAGUUGAUCGAAAUAAAACAAAAAUAUAACUG